AUGGACAACACCGCUGCUGGCACGACUUCGACGCCGGACGCUUUCACGUCACUGGGCCAUCAACUGGAAGAACUUCAGCUCAUAAAAUUUUCCCUCCUUCCUGGCGAGCUGUUCACGUUCGUGCUCCCCGACGAGGACGCAGCGGCGUGGACGAGCGCCGUCGACGCAUAUAGCACAGAUCCCGAAGGCGAAGCCGUGCAGGCCCUGAAGCAGCGUCUAUCGGAUCACGUUCAGCCCGAUCGCUCACGGGACGUGUACUUCGAGCUCGAGUUGCCCGAUGCGUACCCAGGCGCUGCAGGUGGACCUGGCGUCCAUGUCAAGGGCGACGCCCUGCACCACGCAGAGGAGAUACGAUGGAACGAGAUCGUCAACGCGAAGCUAGAAGACAUUCCCGAUUGCGGAUUUCCGACGUACCAGCUGCUCUCGGAACACCUCCUGCCGCUCCUGCACGCCAAGCUCGACGCACAAUCCCCUCGCGUGCGGCAAGCCGCAGCGCCCCGCGCGAUGGAGCCUGCGCCGGCGCCGUCCCAGCUGCAUCACGCGCUGCUGACCUCGCACCACCUGGUGUCACCCCAGAAACGACGCAGCAUGCAGCACUGGUCCGCCGCGCUGUCUGUGUCCGGAUUUGCGAAGGUGGGGCACCCCGGCGUGAUCUACUGCGCGGGCGCGCGCGAGGCCGUGGAGGAGUUCGUGCGGAACGUGAAGGCCAUGCAGUGGCUCGCGCUGCGCGUGCGUUUCGUGGAGCCCCUCGCGAACCCCGGUUCGGCUUCGGAAAACGAGCGGAAAGCGAACAGGCGCUGGGUCGAGUACGAGAAAGUGGGCGAUGUGGUCGAGGAGAUGAGGCGGCUUGGGCGCGUGUCGUACAUCGUCGAGAUGGGCAUUGGUUCUUCUGCAGCGACCAUGUCAAAGUGAAUUCGCGAAACGUAUCAACGCUGUUGAUGAGUGGUCACCGGAUCACCUGUUCUGCGAGUCAAUCACACGUGCAAAAAUGGUGCAAGGCCUCUCAGCCGCAAGGGCCAGGCUUCAUCCAGCUGAGAGCUCAAUCAUCGAAGCCAGCCGGCAUUACACUGUGGUGAGAUUAGAAACCUCCACCCAGUCAAGCAAAGAAGCAGCCCGACUGGGCUGCCAAGACACUCGCAUAUCAGGAAGAGACGCGUGGAUUCUCUUGACAGCAUAUAACUUUACAUACAUGAAAGGAAUAACAAAUAGGAUACUCGACAGCGAAACUACCCUUUUUUUUAACCCAGUCUUCAACUGGAUGGAAGGGAAAAGCCGUUCUUGAAUUAGCUGUUUGCGCGUUGGAUGGGGAGGCUUAGUACCUCCUGUCAUCGUAGCGUCUAUCAUAGUCGCGGCCUCCGCCGUCACGGCCACUGUAGCUUCUGUCGUAGUCGCGGUAGCCACGGUCGCCGCGGUCGUAAUCCCUGCGAG